CGAAGGCGGCUCUGCUCUGGCCGUGGGCGGACGGGACAGUCCGGCUGGUUAAAGCAGCCGGCAGCGAGGGCGCUCCGGGGCAGCACUGUCGUGGCUGUGGGGCCUCUCCAGGCGUGGGCUGAUCUCAGGGCUGGGUCAGGCAGGUGCGCAAGCUGACGUGCAGAGAGCUCUGCCCGGACACCUCUUUGAGAAUGUGUAAACAGUCUCCUGCCCCGAAAACUCAGGCUCACGCUUUCCAGCAGCAGUGGUCGUUUACCAAGUUAUUCGUUUCUUGCAGCCACAUCUCCUGAGCUGGCUGUUUGACAGGACGAUACACUCCUGGCUUGGGCAAAGGGCUCCACGAAUGAAAUGAACUUUUUUUUUUCCCCCCUCAGGUGUAAAACUUCUGUUGCAUGGUCUUUGCUCCAACACCACAGUCAGAUCUUUGGAUCUGAAGAAUCACCAUUUUCUGUCCCAUUGUGGCCCAUGAUGAUCCUGUGCUAUCCUGUGAUUUUUGCAAGCUCUCAGUCAUGGUGCCUCACAAGACCAGAGGGAAAUAACCUACGAAUCAUGGGAGCUGAGGCUUUGGGAAAACUUCUUAGGCAGAACAAAUCCAUCCGGAGCCUAACCUUAGAGUGGAACAGCCUUGGCAUGUGGGAGGAAGGCUUCUCCUUUUUCUGCCAAGGACUGGCAGCAAACAACUUUCUCCAGCGGCUGGAUCUGCGCAAUAACCAGAUUAACCAUCAAGGGGCUGGAGAGCUGGCCGUGGCACUGACACAAAAUGCAUGUCUUCAGGAGCUGGAUUUGCGAUGGAACAAUAUUGGGCUUCUGGGCGGCCGAGCUUUGCUGAACUGCCUGCACAGAAACAAGAUGCUGAAGAGGCUAGAGCUGGCAGGGAACAAUGUUCCUGGUGACAUCCUGAAAGCUGUGGAACAAGCCUUGGAUCACAACCAAGACCGUGAGGCUAUCCUGAGUGAGGCCCAGAACCAAGUGUACAUCCUCAACAAAGAGGUUUUGAAUCUGAAGGAUGAGAAGAACAAGCAGUUCUUGGAUUUAAUGGACACCGUAGACAAGCAGAAAGAAGAAAAAGCCAAGAGCGAGAGAAUGUCCGCAGCACGAGUCAGCCAACUGCAGGAAGCAUUGGAUGAGCAGCACUCCAUUGUAAAUUCACUGAAAGCCAAGCUGCAGAUGACUGAAGCUGCCCUGGCUCUGUCUGAGCAGAAGGUGCACAACUUGGGAGAGCUGCUGAAUGCCAUGAAACAGGAACAAACCAGUGUGGCUGAGUGCCACUUUAGGGAGCUCCAGCAACAAAAGCAGGAAAGUGCUGAUCGGGAAGGCAAGCUUUUGCAUGACUUGUCUGCUGCCAGUGAGAAAAAUCUGCUGCUAAGAAACCAGGUGGAUGAGUUGGAGAGGAAGUGCAAAGUUCAGCAGGAUCAGCUGUUCCAGGUAAAACAAGACUUGGCCAACACAACUGCAGAGCUGAAGCUUCGGGCUGUGCAAGCUGAGGAACGUCUGGAAAUGGAGAAGAGAAGAUUUAAACAAAGCCUUGAAGACAUGGAAUCCCUACGGGUAAAAGAGGUGGAUCAUAUGACACAGCACAUUGAGGCCAGUGAACGUUCCAUGCAGGACAGGAUACAGAGGCUGGAGACCAUCAGGAUAUCUCUGGAGGAGGAGCUGAGCCAAGUCAAAGCAGCUGCACUUGCUGAGCGAGGCCAGGCAGAGGAGGAGUUAAUAAAAGCCCGGAGUCAGGCGCGCUUGGAGGAGCAGCAACGACUAGAACACCUAAAAGAGAAGCUGCGGCUGAUGACUGAGUCACGGGAUGAAGCUCAGAACUGCUGCCUUAAGCAAAAAGAAAUGGUUGCUGAAGCCCAGGCCAGAGCCAAACAGUUGAGCCUGCAUGCUGAUGGACUCAGAAGGCGGCUGGAGGAACUUCAGCAGGACCUGAACAGUAAGGAAGAGGAGAAAGUGACAGAAGUGAAUAAGGUGAAGGUGGAAUUACAAGAGCAGAUUGGGCACCUGGAAGCUGAACGCGCAGCACAGGAUGGGCUGAGAGAGAAGAUUGCAGCUCUGGAAAGACAGCUGAAAGCCUUAUCAAAUAAUCACCGUGAAGCACUGCUGGACAAAGAGGGUGAGAUCUCUCUGCUGCUGGAGAAGCUGAGAAUGAAAGAGGCUGAGAUCUCCAGGGUGAGGGAAGAGGAGGCCCAGCGAGCAAGUUUCUUGCAAAAUGCCAUCAUGGCAUAUGUGCAGGGACCCCCCUUUGGAACCCAGAGUUCUAGGAAAUGAGAGCAUGGCUUAAAGGAUCCAAAUACCUGCUGUCAGAAGAGGGUGAACAACUCAGGUACAGCUCCUUCUUCCUAGAUAGGACAGUUUUAUCAGAGCGGGAUGACACAAAACACAGAAAAUUGUUUUCGCUCUUUGUAAAUCUUCCUCCUGACCACAUAAAGGGGAGGAGGGAACAACCAUCCAGGCUCGUGGCUCUGAGUGCAUGAUGUGGAGCCCUUCCACUCAGCUGCCACAGUGUUUAAAGUAUUUUCUGUGUCCUUUUACACAGCACCAGCCUAUCAGCACACCGUGUUGCUACUGGGGGGAUGGUUUGUAUGUUCCCUGGCAGAGUUCUUGUGCAGCGUUCGUUUGGAUGCCAUGGCUGUUCACAGUGAAACCUGUUAAAAGGCGAC